AUGGCCGAAACUUUUCCAACAAUUCCACUAUACAUCUUGAUCAUCUACUUGUUCAUCUCGUCAAUCGUAAGUUUUCCGAACUUUUUUUGCUUCUGAAAAUUCCAGGAAAAUGUAUUUGUAUUCAUUAAUAAAAAUACAUUCUCAUUUUCACUUUUUAAGAUACUGUACCUAAUCCCAUUAGUACAUUUCUUUGAAAAUAACAAAUUAUGCAGAAACUUCUUAUUAGAGAUUAAGGGACUGAAAUGUUCUGUUGAACUUUUGCUGUAAGUAUGUGACUUUGAUACUAAACGUCAAAUGAAUUUGAUUGACACAUGUUCAAAUUAUCAACCUGUUCUAAUUUUGUGUGUGGGGUAAAUAAAACAGGGAAGUUCAAUCUUCGAAUGAGAUCAUUUGACCUAUGAAAAUCAAAAGGGAAUUGGGCAAACUGGUUUUUUUUCUGAAAAUGACAACAAUUAGAAAAUGUGGGUAUAUUUCAGCGCGCGUUUAAGAUGAUCUCAAAAUGUUUCAAAUUUUUUUGAGACUAACCUGAUUGCUUCAAGAAUCAAUUUCUAACUGAAAACUAUCGUUACAAUUUUCAAUAAUGUCAAAUUUGUUAUCUUUGUAAUUAGGAAAACAAACAUGAUUUAUGGUGUAGAUUCAGAAACUACAUUUUUGGAAUUCUAGAUUAUCUGAAAAAUUCGCUAUUUUGAAAAGAUACCAGUUUUUGGAAAAAUUUUAAAAGUUCAAUUUUAUCAUUAUUAUUCACUGGUACUUCCAAAUUUAAUAUUUUUGUUUCAGUAAUGUCAAGUUCAUUAUCUACAUAUUUCUGAAAAUCAUCAUGCAUAAAUUCCAACUUUUCAUUUUUUGAAUUCUAGAAUUUCUAGCAACUACCUUUUUCUUAAUUUCCCACUCUCUAUUUCAAAAAAAGUUCAAAACUUUAAUUCUGCAAAUAAAUUUUAUCAAUAAAUCUUUGUUUGUACUUCCAGAAUAAAAAAACUAAAGACUGUUUGUGAAUAACAGCAAAAAUAUAAAUCACUUGAUACAUAAUUCGAUAUAACCAGUUUCAAACUACACAACCAAAACACAAAAAUUCUUUUGUUUAUCAUGACAAUAAUUGUCAGAAUAUUAUCAAAUCGGGGAAAAUUCCAGGCAUCGUCAUGGCUUUGUGUUCAUUUCACCGAAUUGAUCGCAAUUUCAACGGUUCAAAGUCAAAUGUGGUUUUUCUUGUCAAUCUUCUUGACCAACAACAUCUUCGCAACUGUUGCCGCGUUUGUUUAUUGGCUCCUCGUUGAACGUCAAGAAAAAAUUGUCAGCGAAAGUGAAGUUGGAAUCCAAAAAAGCCAGAGGUAAUUUUUUUCGUCUCAUAUACAAAAAAGAAGAAAAAACAACAAGAAUGUGCAAAUGCAAUUGUUUAUUUUUUUUCUUGUUCCAGCUCAACUUCGGUGAACGCUGCUUCAAUCAACGAAAUUGAGCCAUCAACCCCAAAAAAACCAUACAAUAUGCUUGUUUCAUAUUACGAUAAUAUCAACUACGACUUCAAAUCCGAAGAAAAAGCAUCUUUAAUCUAA